CCACCAGCAACCGGAGGAAACGUACCACCAGCAACCGGAGAAAACGUACCACCAGCAACCGGAGGAAACGUACCACCAGCAACCGGAGGAAGUGAACCACCAGCAACUGGAGAAGAUGUACAAGAACAAUCUGAUAAAGAGAGAAUGUAUAAAAUUAAAGAUGAAGUUCCAGCAGCCACAGCAAAAGCACUAAUAGUGCCCUUUAACAUUUUAGCUACACUUAUUGCUUAUGGGAGAUUGCUGGACACUGGGAAAUUUGUUAAAAAGAGUCAGUUUUACUUACUUUUCAUCUUAAUUGGAUAUGCUAUAUUUGUUGCAGUUUAUGUUAUAGCAACAUUGAUAGUUAUGGGCGUAGUUUAUUGCAAAACAGAUAAAAAGGAAACCGCAAAACAUAUGCUCUGGUUUCUCUUUUACCUUUUCACAGCUUUUGGUGUAGCUGCUGGAUACUUUGCAGGUGAUAACAUAACUGAUGCCAUGACUCUUGAUACUGAAGAAGAUAUAGAUCUAACAGUAAUAUCAAUUUUAAUACUCCUUGGUGCAAAAUUAGGAUCCUACAUAAUUCCAUAUUUAGUAAAAUGUGGCAAAAGUUCUGGUGAAACUGUGUACCUAACAUGUUCAGAUUGUUGUGACAAAAAUAUAAGUUGGCUAGAGCCGAGUUCCCCUGACAAUUGCUCUAAGUGUCAGGAUUGCCCCUGCAGAAAGGAUAACCCACCAAAUCCCAUAAAAUUUUAUGAAUUGACUUUUUAUGCCCUAGUCCUGACCAUAGCUAUCAUCCAAGAGAUCGAUAUAACAUAUAAAAUACUUCAGAAUUUCGUUAGCCUCACAAGAAAUAUGUGUCGUACAAGAAAAUACAAUACACUGUGGGGAAUUUAUUGUGGUGUAUUAAUCAUUGUUAUAUUUGAAAUCGCACAUGGAAUUUUGGAAGUGAUUAAUAUUUACAUAAAAAACAAAAAAAAUGCUGAAAAGAAAAAUCAGAAACAAGAAGUAGAGUGCGGAUGGAUAUGGGUUCUUUAUUUUAUUAUUGUAGCAGGCCUUGCAAUAAUAAUUAAUGCAUUUUUCUUUGUUGCUGAUAACAAGCUACCACUGGAUUGCUCAUCACACUUCUCAAUGACAACCCCUAGUACAAAUAACCCCUCGAGGAUCUUAACAGUGCCCAAUAAACCUAACUACGAACUAAGAGUGUCAUUCUUAGUUUUUUCAUUGGCAUUCUCAAUAAUUUUAUUAGUUAUUGGAAUAGCCAACUGGUCAUAUUUCCUAUAUCGGUAUUACAAUGAACCACAAAAGAAAAACACUACAAUUAAUUAAUUAAUGCAAAGUAACAGUUUUUACCAGUGUGAAACUUUACAAAUUAUUUUUUUGAAACUAUUUUUUGAAAUGACCUUUUCUACAAAUUUCUAAUAUUAUAUUGUUUCUUCUCAAAAUGUUGU